AUGGUCGUAAAUGCUGAGCAUUCGACUCUCGAGGGCAAUGACGUGCAUGUGACAGACGACACAGAAGUCAUGAGUAGAUACCGUAAAUCUCCUUCAGUUCAUACCGGUCGCUGCUGUGUCCGUUAUGCAAUCGGCCCUGUAUUUUUCUUCUUUAUUGAUGAUCUCAUGCUGGGGAUGAAGAUAGCAUUGAUGGCAUCAAUUUGCCUUACAACUGUCUCCUUUACAAUGGUAGCAUGCAGCGACCCGGGUGUGGUAUUCCAGAAUUUACAAGUAGCUGACCAGGCUCGAGGAGAUAUUGAGACGGGCAUUGUAUGCGCACAAUGUGAAGUUCUACGACCUUUGAAUGCAUCUCAUUGCUCUGAUUGUGGCAUUUGUGUCAUUGAGCUGGACCACCAUUGUCCCUGGACGGGCAAGUGUGUUGGCAAACGUACAAUUAAGUGGUUCUACGUGUUCCUUACUUUCAUCUCACUUCACUGCAUGCUCAUCGGUGGCAUUUGUCUUGUCACAUUUGCUACUCAAUAA